AUGGAAGGAACUUUCACCAAUUCCAGGAGCCAGAAGCUCUUCUACAGAGCCUAUCUUGUACCAGCUGGUGCAACUUCCAGGAGUACAGUGGUAUUCCAUCAUGGAUAUGGCGCCCACUCGGGUAUUUAUGAAGAAGACUUCAGGGAGCUGCAGAAGGCAGGGAUCUCGGUGUUUGCAUUUGACGCGCACAGCUUUGGGAGAUCAGGACCGCUGGACGCCAGAUGUCGCGCCUACAUCACCUCUGUGGAUCACUUGGUUGACGAUGUCUACAGCUUCCUGAAGGAAGUCGUAGACCGGCAUCGAGACCCAAAAGCGCCUCUGAUCAUGGCUGGGGUGUCCAUGGGUGGCAUGGUGUCGGUGCUUACUGUCAGAAAGGUCCCUUCCAUCUGGGCGGGUCUCUUGCUGCUGUCGCCAGCGAUCGAUGUCCCGCGCACGCUUGUGCUGCGCGUCAUGUCAGCUGUGCAGAGCGUAAUUGCGCCCUUGAUUCCCGGCUGGCGCAUUGUACCCCAGCCGACACUUGACAUGGUCACAGAGGACCUUCAAAAGAGGGAGGAGCUGAAGGCCGAUCCAUUCAUGGAUCUGGCAAGGUUGCGCGUGUGCACGGCGCGCUGCUUCCUGGACGGCUUUGCACAGAUCAAGGAGAUGCAGGGCCACGUCAGCCUCCCCAUAUUUGCCGCCAUGAGUCCAAUCGACAAGGCAUGCGAUUACGGCAAACUCAAGGGCUUCCUGGGUGCGGUCGAAAGCAAGGAUGUAACUCUGCUGACUGUGGAGGGCGCUCGCCAUGAGGUGCUGAUGAGCCCUGAACGCGAGCACGAAAACGGCGUACCACCAAGAUAUGGAUUGAGCGAUUUAGGAAGGCAGCAAGCUAAGGAGGCAGGGAAGGAGCUGAAGCAGCAGCUGGCGGCCACUGAUAUUGCGGAUGUCAAGGUCUUCUGCUCUCCCCUCACCAGGACCCUGGACACUGCAGUGAUUGUGGCAGAGGAGCUCGGUAUUUACACUACAGACUCUCAAUUCCAGGUGGUGCCAGAGCUGAUAGAGCGGAAUUUUGGGGAGUAUGAGCUGCAGUCAGACAGCAACUACCAGAAGGUGUGGGAAGUGGAUGCAGCAGAUCUGUCAGCAGUCCCCAGUGGAGGAGGGGAGAGCGUCGAACAGGUAGCAAUAGAACACACUGGAGCUACCUUGCGCGUUUCCUUCAAGAUUCUGUAUUGCUAG